GUAACUUACUCAAGGAUAUAAAACAGAACACUUUACCACUGCAGAGCCAAAGAAGUAGAAAAGCAGCGGAAGAUGAGUAGAUAAGGAGACUCUAGAAACGACGUUGUGCCGCUCCCGGAGAUAUCCAUUUUUGGCGGCUCUCUCAUCUCCGCAUAUCCUAAAGUAGUUUAAAUGAUGUCAUAAUUGAAGAUUAUGCCUCGGGAUUUGUGAUUUGCUAGAUGACUUCAAGUAUUUUGGUGGUGGAAACAUAAAAUUCUCUUAAAAUUAAGGUGAGAUGGACAUCAGCAACAGCCACAACAACCACAUCUUAUGGUUCUUCAAGCACAAAGGUUUCGAUGACAAAGGCAUUAACGAAAUCUUGAGAAAAUGCAAACGCCUCGAAUCCGUCCAAAAACAAAACCUAUCUGAAAACUGGGAUUACUUAAAAUCCAUCGGAAUCCAAGAACGAAAGCUUCCAUCAAUCAUCACAAAAUGUCCCAAAAUCAUGACCCUCGAUCUAAACCAAAAACUCAUCCCAAUGAUCCAAUGCCUCACAACUCUCUCAACAAAACCCGAAGAAGUCCCUUCCGCCAUAACCAAAUUCCCCCACAUUUUAACCCACAGCAUCGAAGAAAAACUUUGCCCACUCCUCGGUUUCUUCGAGUCACUCGGUGUGUCAGGAACUCAACUCGGUAAAUUAAUCCUCCAUAACCCUAGAAUCAUAAGCUACAGCAUCGAUUCGAAGCUUUCGGGGGUAGUUGACUUUCUUGUAAAUAUCGGUUUGACCAAAGACGGAAUGAUUGGGAAAAUCUUGGUUAAAAACCCAUCGAUUAUGGGGUACAAUGUUGAGAAGCGAUUACGACCCACAACCGAGUUUUUACUUUCGUUAGGGUUAACGAAAUCGGAUCUGCAAAAGGUAGCGAUUAAUUUCCCGGAAGUUAUGUGUAGAGAUGUGGAUAAGAUUUUGAAGCCGAAUCUUGAUUAUUUGAAAAGCCGUGGGUUUGAUUCGCGGCAGAUAGCGGGUUUAGUGGGGAGAUAUCCACCGAUUUUGAUUAAGAGUGUUAAGAACUCAUUGGAACCGAGGAUUAGGUUUUUGGUGGAGGUGAUGGAUAGGGGAAUUGAAGAAGCUGUGGAUUAUCCCGAGUUUUUUCAGCAUGGUUUGAAGAAGAGACUUGAGAGACGUGAGAAGCUUUUGAAACAGAAGAACGUUUCUUGCAGUUUGAGUGAAAUGCUUGAUUGUAAUCAUAAGAAGUUUCUUUCAAGAUUUGAUCUGGUUGCGAAAAUUGUUUAAGUUAUUCCUUCCAUCUUCUCUUUGUGUAAUUUGUAGUUGUUUUGAAGAUUUUGUAAUAUGUAGUUGUUUUAAGCUCGUGAGCUAUAUAUAUGAGAAUUUUAACUACUUAACAAAGAAA